AUGAAGCGGGUUUCCUCGAUACACCUCUCGGCAACCCCGUCGACCACCCUCUGGCCGCCCAUUCUGAGUUCUCACUUCACGUCGUUUCAGUGUCGUCGGAACAUAAAACAUUUAAGCCAGGUGGAGCCCAGGAAGCGAAGAAGCGAAGAAGCGAAGAAGCGAAGAAGCGAAGAAGCGAAGAAGCGAAGAAGCGAAGAAGCGAAGAAGCGAAGAAGCGAAGAAGCGAAGAAGCUAAGAAGCGAAGAAGCGAAGAAGCAAGCGAAGAAGCGAAGAAGCGAAGAAGCGAAGAAGCGAAGAAGCGAAGAAGCGAAGAAGCGAAGAAGCGAAGAAGCGAAGAAGCGAAGAAGCGAAGAAGCGAAGAAGCUAAGAAGCGAAGAAGCUAGAAGCGAAGAAGCGAAGAAGCGAAGAAGCGAAGAAGCGAAGAAGCGAAGAAGCGAAGAAGCGAAGAAGCGAAGAAGCGAAGAAGCGAAGAAGCGAAGAAGCGAAGAAGCGAAGAAGCGAAGAAGCGAAGAAGCGAAGAAGCGAAGAAGCGAAGAAGCGAAGAAGCGAAGAAGCGAAGAAGCGAAGAAGCGAAGAAGCGAAGAAGCGAAGAAGCGAAGAAGCGAAGAAGCGAAGAAGCGAAGAAGCGAAGAAGCGAAGAAGAUCGAAGAAAUUUCGAAGGCUCGAUACUGCAUAUAA